AUGGCGCGGUGUAGGGUGCCUCUUCUCAGCGGCUGGAUUACACCAUUUAUAAUGGGUUUCCUCCUCUGCAUGUCCAUUCCAUUGGCAUCGGCGAAGGUGCGGCGGUACCGGUGGGAGGUAACCUACGAGCUGCAAUCCCCCGAUUGCCUGGAGAAGCUGGUGAUCGCCAUCAAUGGGAGGACUCCCGGCCCGACCAUCAUGGCUCAGCAGGGAGACACGGUCAUCGUCGAGGUCAAGAACGGCCUCCUCACAGAGAACACCGCCAUUCACUGGCACGGCAUCCGCCAGGUUAAACCGCGAGAGCCCCCCCUUCCCCUUUCUUGCUCAUCUCCGGCGACCUUACAGUCCGCUGACGGCCUCCUUCGCCGGUGACUUCGCCGUCAAUUUUUCCAGAUUGGGACGCCAUGGAGCGACGGCACGGAAGGCGUGACGCAGUGCCCCAUCCUCCCCGGCGAGACCUUCAUCUACAAGUUCGUCGUCGAUAGGGUAAGAAGCUGCCCCUCCCUCGUUUCUCGCCGCCCAAUCUCUUGGUCAUGGAGUCAUACUUUUAUCGUUAACUUCUACUUCUUCGCUGCUCUCAAACCAAAUAUUGCAUAAGCGCUUUAAACAAUUAACUCAUCGGGUCGCGGCGCCCCGACUUGGCGGUGGCCUUGUCGUCUCCCAGGCCCUGCCGCCGAACCCCACGAGCCACUGGUUCCGUCGGCACUAGCCCCGGUUUUCCUCGAGUCCGUAUCCAAUCCAAUAUAUUUCUCUUUCCUCUUUUAGAAAUUUCAGUGGUCUGGUUUCCACGUGACCAUCACCUCUUUCAAAACAAAAAUAUAUAACAUGAACGGCGGUCAGUUGAUCAUAUAUCCAUGUGGGCAAGGAAUUUUCAUAAUUUUUUUUUUUUUUGAAUAGAAUAUUGAAUUUGUAAGAGUGGACCCUUUUUGAUAACCAUGGUGGUGGAUGGAUCAUCCUCAACCAUUGACUUCUUCGUGAUUCCCUCCAUGAGUUAAGUCAAAAUAGUCAUAAUUUGUAUCGCUUUUAAAACUAGAUAUUUCAUUGCUACUAUACAAAUUGAUCGUCCUCACGUUCACUCUAUGUGUCUCCAUCGGCAAAGAAACUAUCCAUGGAUAAUAGUCAAUGAGGUCCUGUUUUCUAAAAUACUAAGACCCCAUGCCAAAGGAUCGUCUUGGUUUCAACGUGAGUUCAUUUGGCAAGUUGACGGCUGUCCAUCAGAAUCAACUUUGGAAAUUGUGAUGCUUUCAGCAAACACUGUUGACCAGUGAGCUUAUUGGUUACAAAUGCUUAUAAACUUGGAAAAAUAUGAUCUUUAAGUAAGUUGAUCGUGCUCAUCCUCUGAUUUGACGCGACUCCUAUUGCAAGUAGGUCGUUGACCAGUGAGAAUCAGAAAGUUUCUAACCCCGACAAACACCAGACGCCAUAAAUUUCUCAAAAACAAACCCUUUAGCCUGGUAUCCAAAGAAUUACCCAAGAGUCAAUUUUUGAACCCGUUAUGAUUCUUUCAGAAACACUGUUGACCAGCGAUCUCAUUGGUGAUUCAACCCUUCUGCACAAAAACCAAAACCCCUUUAGAGUCGAACACCUUGCUAAUCUCCGAAAUCAUUAACUGCUGAUUAAUUUGCAAAUAUGAGCCCAAACCCUUACGAACAGAGAUCAGUCGUCUUCAACCUCUCGUCUCACUGUGAUUCCUUCGUCGAAAAUGGCGGCAGCCCGGGACCUACAUCUACCACGCUCAUUACGGGAUGCAGAGGUCUGCCGGCCUCUAUGGGUCCAUCCACGUCUCCCUCCCCGACGGCAUUUCGGAGCCCUUCGCGUACGACUACGACCGGAACAUCGUCCUCAACGACUGGUGGCACAAGACCACCCACGAGCAGGCCGCCGGCCUAUCCUCCAUCCCUUUCGUCUGGGUCAAGGAGCCUCAGGUGCCUAUUCUCUCUAAACCUUUCCAUUGUUCCUCUGUUUUUGAGAUGGAUGUCCUGUUCAACUCCUAGCGUUUGCCUUGCAGUCACUUCUGAUCAAUGGGAGGGGAUGGUUCAACUGCUCACAAGCCGGGACUGCCGUCUGCAACUCUACCAACCCGCAGUGCUCCCCCUUCGUGCUCACGGUGGUGCCAGGGAAGACCUACCGCCUAAGGAUCUCCAGCCUUGCUUCUCUCUCGGCGUUCAACUUUGAGAUAGAGGUGAGGAGGGGAGGGAACGGUCCCAGCAGACGAAGAAGACGGCCACUUAGGUCGCAGGAAAAUAAGCACUGACCUUGGGGGUUCUUUUGCAGGGUCACAACAUGACCGUCGUAGAAACCGACGGCCACUACGUCGAGCCAUUCGUCGUGAAGAACCUCAACAUCUACUCCGGCGAGACCUAUUCCGUCCUGGUGGUCGCCGACCAGGAACCUUCCCGCAACUACUGGGCGGCCUUGAACGUCGUCAGCAGGAAGCCCGACACCCCCACCGGUCUCGCCAUCUUCAACUACUACCCCAACCACCCCCGCCGCCGUCCCCCGACGGCGCCGCCUGCCGGGCCCCUCUGGAACGACACCGAGUACCGCCUGAACCAGAGCCUAAAGAUUAGGGCUCGCCGGGGAUACGUCUACCCCCCGCCGACCACCACAGACCGGGUGAUCACCCUUCUGAACACCCAGAACAGGAUUGACGGCCACACCCGGUGGGCCGUCAACAACAUCUCCUUCACCCUCCCCCACACCCCUUACCUGAUCGCCCUCAAGCACAAGCUGCACCACACCUUCAGCCAGUCGGCGCCGCCGGAGACCUACGACCGCGCAAACUACGACAUCUUUAAGCAGGCGGCGAACCCCAACGCCACCUACAGCGACGCCGUGUAUCGGCUGAAGUUCAACUCCACGGUGGACAUCAUCCUCCAGAACGCGAACAGCAUGGUCCCCAACAACAGCGAGACCCAUCCCUGGCACCUCCAUGGCCAUGACUUCUGGGUCCUCGGUCAUGGGCCGGGGGUCUUCGAUCCGGUCAACGAUCCCCUGAGGAAGUACAACCUAGUGGACCCCAUCAUGAAGAACACUGUGGCGGUUCACCCUUAUGGCUGGACGGCGAUCAGAUUCGUGGCCGACAACCCAGGCGUGUGGGCGUUCCACUGCCACAUCGAGUCACACUUCUUCAUGGGAAUGGGAAUUGUCUUCGAGGAGGGUGUGGAGAGGGUCGGCCGGCUGCCGGCAGCCAUCAUGGGCUGUGGCGACUCUCACCACCUCCGACGUCAUUGA